UUAAAUCUGAAGCUUAGCCCAUUCAGUUACAUUACUCAUGUGUGCUUUAAAUGAUAAAACUGUUCAAUAUCUACCCCGUUGGUAGUUGCUGUAUUCUGUAACUACAGGUAUAUCAAUUACUAUGUAAUACUCUGUUUCCAGUAAUGCAAACGCUUGUAAUUACUUGAAUAAGUUUUAUUUGAACUAUGGAUGCUUUUUUUACACUUAAGGAAUAUUUAAUGGUAAACUGAUCCCAUUUUCUGCUAAAUCUAAGCUUAAAUCUUGGCCCCUGUACAAAAUCCAAAGCUGUCUUAUCCCUACGAACUUGGUUAUUUUUCUACAUUUGGAGUGUAACUUCUUGUUACAUACUUCUGCAUUGUUGAAUAUUUUCUAUCCUUUUAUAGUCUGUUUCCUUUCCAUCUCAGUGCUACUCUUGGGUCUGAUUUUUAACAAAUGUAAUCUGCGUUAUAUACUGUCAUAAACUAUAGCGUGGGCAGACAGAUGAAAUAACAGUAAAUUGUCUUAAUUUUUCUUUGAAGCACUACAAUACUUUCUUUUCAAGUCUGUUUAAAUAGUUGUGCCAUGAAAUGCAUCUUACACAGCCACUCUGGAUAAGCAAUAUAUUGUACUGUAAAUAUAGCAAUUGCUGUCAUAACUUGGAGUUAAAAUGUCUGGAUGGUAACUAGUGCCUGUCUGAUAUAAAUUGGAAAAGAGCAUAGGCCUUCAUCCUAAGGUGCUGUUUCAAAAGAAAUGUUUCUUAUUUUGAUUCCGGGAAAUUGUGAAAUAUCAUGGACAAAAUGUUGCUAUGCUACAUUGAGAUCCAAAUGGUGAUUUUUAGUUUCUCUGUAAAGGAUAUCCAUAAAACUCACUGGUUUUGGUUUUCAGUGUAAUUGUAAAUACGUGAAACUAUGUGUCUUUGUGUCUGAAACUAAAUUCAAUGUGGUGAUAGUAGAGGCUGAGAGGGAGAGGGUAUGCAACAAGAUGUCACUAGUUUUCCCUCACUGAAACCCACUGCAAAUUAGUGAAUUGUAUGAAUUGCAGCCUGGCUGAGGUGUUCAAAAUGAAUGAAAGUUAAUGGGAUCAGCAUCAGCCUCACAAGUGAAUGACUGAAUAAAUGCAAUAAAAGGCUAAUAGACAACACUAUUACUCUGUUCAUCGCUUUGAUUACAGAUUUUUUUUGUUACAAAUUUGAGUACAUGCAUUAUGUAAUUUGUAAAAUGAUGCUGUAGUAGAGACCUUGCUACAACACUAUUAAAAAUCUUCCCUUUUUGUGAGAUAGGAGGUUUGUAGAAUAGUGAGAUUCUUUCAUAUGUCGAAUCUUAAUCUGUUCCUAAUGGUGGGAGUGCUGAAGUAAUGUAUCUCACUGUGAUCUGGUACUUCGGUAUUUGCAUACAAUGGCAGUUCUGUAUAUUCUUUUGGCUAACUGUAAAUAUAAAUGUUUGAUAUUAGCAUAGUGGAAUUUUUGAGGUACAGCCGUUUGUGUGAGAUUAGAAAAAACAACUUUAUUUCUAAGAACUUGUAAAAAAAAAAGUAUUUUCAAUAAAAUUCCCUACCUCACCUCUAUUGUGCAGAAAU